AUGGCCAAAGCCUACGACCACCUCUUCAAGUUGCUGCUGAUCGGGGACUCGGGGGUGGGCAAGACUUGUCUGAUCAUUCGCUUUGCAGAGGACAACUUCAACAACACUUACAUCUCCACCAUCGGAAUUGAUUUCAAGAUCCGCACUGUGGAUAUAGAGGGGAAGAAGAUCAAACUGCAAGUCUGGGACACCGCUGGCCAAGAACGAUUCAAGACGAUAACUACUGCCUAUUACCGUGGAGCCAUGGGCAUUAUUCUAGUCUAUGACAUCACAGAUGAGAAAUCCUUUGAGAAUAUUCAGAAUUGGAUGAAGAGCAUCAAAGAGAAUGCCUCAGCAGGGGUGGAGCGCCUCCUGCUGGGGAACAAGUGUGACAUGGAGGCCAAGAGGAAGGUACAGAAGGAGCAGGCCGAGAAGUUGGCUCGGGAGCACGGAAUCCGAUUUUUCGAGACGAGCGCCAAAUCCAGUAUGAACGUGGAUGAGGCUUUCAGUUCCCUGGCCCGGGACAUCUUGCUCAAGUCAGGAGGCCGGAGAUCGGGAAACAGCAGCAAGGCCUCCAGCACUGACCUGAAGACUUGUGACAAAAAGAACACCAAGUGCUCCCUGAGCUGAGGACGCCUUGCCGCCUCCCCACCCUAAGCCUGGAGGUUGAACCCGAGGGAGCAGGGCUGAGGGGCAGGAUGGGAGAGAGAUAGUAGGUGGUGCUUGGAGAAGUAAAGAUGGGUAGAUGGUGAGAGAACAGGGAGAAAAUGGAGAAGAAGAAAAAAGGAAAACAAGAGAGGAAAGAGGAGGAGAGGUAGAAUAGAGGGAAGAAGCAGGAAGGGAAAGAAUUGAGGAAGUGAAAAAAAUGUGCGAAAGAGGUAGGAAGAAAGGAAGGAGAAAAGGAAGUAUAGACAGCCCGGGGCCUCAGACCUUCCCUGGGUUUCCAGGCAAACACAGGUGUAAAUAAAUAAUUGAUUUUACUGGAUCAGGCUUUAGGGUCCUGUGAGAGGCUGGCUCAGCACCACCCCUUGAAAGUUUGGUCCUAUUCUGUCACUCUGCAUGGUCUUUCUCAGUAUUAAAGACCUCCAUUUGCACAAAUGUA